AUGGGCCUGUGGGGCAUACUUUGUUUUUUAAUCUUCGUGGGGAAAAGUUGGGGACAGGAACAAACGUAUGUCAUUUCAGCACCAAAAGUAUUCUGUGUUGGAGCAUCUGAAAAUAUUGUAAUUCAAGUUUAUGGAUACACUGAAGAAUUUGAUGCAACAAUCUCUAUCAAAAGUUAUCCUGACAAAAAAUUUACUUAUUCUUCAGGCCAUGUUAUUUUAUCCACAGUAAAUAAAUUCCAAAAUUCUGCACUCUUAACAAUACAACCCAAACAAUUGUCUGGAGGACAAGACCCAGUUUCACAUGUGUAUUUGGAUGUUGUAUCAAAGCAUUUUUCAAAAUCAAAAAAAAUGCCAAUAACCUAUGACAAUGGAUUCCUCUUCAUUCAUACAGACAAACCUGUUUACACUCCACACCAGUCAGUAAAGGUUAGAGUUUAUUCACUGAACGAUGACUUGAAGCCAGCCAAAAGAGAAACUGUCUUAACUUUCAUAGAUCCUGAAGGAUCAGAAGUUGACAUGGUAGAAGAAAAUGAUUAUACUGGAAUUGUCUCUUUUCCUGACUUCAAGAUUCCAUCUAAUCCUAAAUAUGGUGUAUGGACAGUUCGAGCUAAAUAUAAAGAAGACUUUUCAACAACUGGAACCGCAUAUUUUGAAAUUAAAGAAUAUGUGUUGCCACACUUUUCUAUCUCAAUAGAAACAGAAAGUAAUUUCAUUGGUUAUAAGGACUUUAAUAAUUUUGAAAUUACUAUAAAAGCAAGAUAUUUUUAUAAUAAAGUCGUCAACGAGGCUGACGUUUAUAUCUUUUUUGGAAUAAGAGAAGACUUAAAAGAUAAUCAAAAAGAAAUGAUGCAAAAAGCAAUGCAAAGCACAGUGUUGAUAAAUGGAAUUGCUCGAGUCACAUUUGACUCUGAAACAGCAAUUAAAGAAUUGUCCUAUGGCAGUCUAGAAGAUGUAAACAACAAGUACCUUUAUAUUGGUGUGACAGUCAUAGAGUCUACAGGUGGAUUUUCUGAAGAAGCAGAAAUUCCUGGCAUCAAAUAUGUCCUUUCUCCCUACAAACUGAGUUUGGUUGCUACUCCUCUUUUUGUGAAGCCUGGGAUUCCAUUUUCUGUCAAGGUGCAGGUUAAGGAUUCACUUGACCAUGUGGUAGGAGGGGUCCCGGUGACCCUGAGUGCACAAAUGCUCGAUGUAAACCAGGAGACAACUGACUCGGAGUCAAAGCAAAGUGUAACACGUUCCAGUGAUGGAGUAGCUUCUUUUGUGGUGAAUCUCCCAUCUGAAGUGGUGGUGCUGGAGUUUAAAGUCAGGACCAAGGACCCAGAUCUUCCAGAAGAAAAUCAGGCCAGCGAAGAUUACCGAGCAAUAGCAUAUUCAUCUCUCAGCCAAAGUUAUCUUUAUAUUGACUGGACUGAAAACUAUAAACCUUUGCUUGUGGGAGAACAUCUGAAUAUUGUUGUUACCCCCAGAAGUCCAUAUAUUGACAAAAUAACUCACUAUAAUUACUUGAUUUUAUCCAAGGGCAAAAUCGUUCACUUUGGCACAAGGGAUAAACUUUCAGAUUCAGAUUAUCAAAGUAUAAACAUUCCAGUGACACAGAACAUGGUUCCUUCAGCUCGUCUCCUGGUCUAUUACAUUGUAACAGGAGAACAGACCGCAGAAUUAGUGUCCGACUCAGUCUGGUUAAAUAUUGAAGAAAAGUGUGGCAACCAGCUCAAGGUUCAUCUGUCUCCAAGUACAGAUACAUAUUCCCCUGGCCAACAUGUAUCUCUUAAUAUGGCAACCGAGUUGGAUUCCUGGGUGGCUUUAAUGGCAGUGGACAGUGCUAUAUAUGGGGUGCAAAGGACAGCCAAGAAACCCCUGGAAAGAGUAUUUCAAACUUUAGAGAAGAGUGACCUGGGCUGCGGGGCAGGUGGUGGCCGCAACAAUGCAGAUGUAUUCCACCUGGCUGGACUCACCUUCCUCACCAACGCAAACGCAGAUAACUCCCAAGAAAAUGAUGAACCUUGUAAAGAAAUUCUCAGGCCAAAAAGAAUGCUGAAAAUGAAGAUAGAGGAAGAAGCUGCUAAAUACAAAGAUAGAAUGUUGAAGAAAUGUUGUCGUGAUGGAGCCUAUCGUAAUGAUGAUGAAAACUGUGAGCAGCGAGCCGCUCGGAUUAAGAUAGGCCCAAGAUGCGUCAAAGUUUUCAAGAACUGUUGUGCCAUCGCAAGCCAGAUCCGUGCUGCCGAGUCUGGUAAAAUUAUCCAAUUGGGAAGGCUACAUAUAAAGACUCUUUUACCAGUAACCAAACCAGAAAUAAGGACUUAUUUUCCAGAAAGCUGGUUAUGGGAAGUUCAUCAUGUCCCCAAAAGAAACCAGUUGCAGUUUGUGCUACCUGAUUCUCUAACUACCUGGGAAAUUCAAGGUGUUGGCAUUUCAAAUAGUGGUAUAUGUGUUGCUGAUACUCUCAAGGCAAAGGUGUUCAAAAACGUCUUCCUGGAAAUGAAUAUACCAUAUUCUGUUGUACGAGGGGAACAGAUCCAAUUGAGUGGAACUGUUUAUAACUAUAGAACAUCUGGAAUUCGGUUCUGUGUUAAAAUGUCUCCCGUGGAGGGAAUCUGUUCAUCAGGAAGCCCAGACAUUGACCCUCAGGGGAAAAGUUCCUCCAAAUGUCUGCCCCAGAGAAUAGAGGGCUCCUCCAGCCACUUGGUGACCUUCAGCGUGCUUCCUCUGGAAAUCGGCCUCCACAACAUCAGCUUCUCACUGGAGACUUCUGUUGGAAACGAAAUCUUAAUAAAAACAUUACGAGUGGUGCCGGAAGGUGUCAAAAGGGAAAGUUAUGCUGGCACUACUCUGGACCCAAAGGGUAUCUACGGCGUCAUUAGUAGACGAAAGGAGUUCCCAUACAGGUUACCAUUGGAUUUGGUCCCCAAAACAAAAGUCAAAAGGAUUGUGAGUGUAAAAGGACUUCUUAUAGGUGAGGUCAUGUCUGCAGUUCUGAGUCAGGAAGGCAUUGAUAUCCUCACCCACCUCCCCAAAGGGAAUGCAGAGGCAGAACUGAUGAGCAUUGUCCCAGUAUUCUAUGUUUUUCACUACCUGGAAGCAGGAAAUAAUUGGAACAUUUUUUCUGCUAACUCAUUACCUCAAAAACAGAACUUGAAGAAAAAAUUAAAAGAAGGGAUGGUGAGCAUCAUGUCCUUCAGAAAUGCUGACUAUUCUUACAGCAUGUGGAAGGGUGGAAGUGCUAGCACUUGGUUAACAGCUUUUGCUUUAAGAGUACUUGGACAAGUACGUAAAUAUGUAGAUCAGGAACAAAAUUCAAUUUGCAAUUCUUUAUUGUGGCUAGUUGAGAAUUGUCAACUAGAAAAUGGAUCAUUCAAGGAAAAUUCCGACUAUCAACCAAUAAAAUUACAGGGUACCUUGCCCAUUGAAGCCCGAGAGAAAACUUUAUAUCUUACAGCUUUUGCUGUGAUUGGAAUUAGAAAGGCCUUUGAUAUAUGCCCUCUGGAGAAAGUCAGCACAGCUGUAACUAAAGCUGACGCCUUUCUGCUUGAAAAUACCCUCUCGACCAAGAGUACUUUUACACUGGCCAUCGCUGCUUUUGCUCUUUCCCUGGGAGACAAAACACACCCACAGUUUCGUUCAAUUGUCUCAGCCCUGAAGAAGGAAGCUUUGGUUAAAGGUAAUCCACCAAUAUAUCGUUUUUGGAAAGAUGAUCUUCAACAGAAAGACGGCUCUGCACGUUAUACCAGCACAGCACACAUGGUAGAAACCACGGCCUAUGCCUUACUUACCAGCCUGAGCUUGAAAGACAUGAAUUACGUUAAUCUAAUAAUCAAAUGGCUAUCAGAAGAGCAGAGGUAUGGAGGUGGCUUUUAUUCGACCCAGGAUACAAUUAAUGCCAUCGAGGGCCUGACAGAGUAUUCACUCCUGGUUAAAAAACUCCACUUGAAUAUGGAUAUCAAAGUUUCUUACAAGCAUAAAGGUGACCUCUACUAUUAUAAGAUGACAGAGAAGAAUUUCCUUGGGAGGCCAGUAGAGGUGCCUUUCAAUGAUGACCUUGUUGUCCUAAGUACUGGACAAAACAAUGGCUUGGCUACAGUGCAUGUAAAAACUGUGUUUCACAAAACCAGUACCUCUGAGGAAAUUUGCAGCUUCCAUUUGAAAAUUGAAACUCAGCAAAUUGAAGCCCGCAGCUACAGCAACUCGGAAUACAAGCGCAUAGUGGCGUGUGCCAGCUACAAGCUCAGCAGUGAAGAAUCAUCAUCUGGGUCCUCCCAUGCAGUGAUGGAUAUCUCUUUGCCUACUGGAGUCAAUGCAAACCCAGAAGACUUAAAAGCUCUUGUGGAAGGGGUGGAUCAACUAUUAACUGAUUAUGAAAUCAAAGAUGGACAUGUUAUUCUGCAACUGAAUUCGAUUCCUUCCAAUGAGUUCCUUUGUGUUCGAUUCCGGAUAGUUGAACUUUUUCAAGUUGGGUUUCUGAGUCCUACUACUUUCACAGUGUAUGAGUACCACAGACCAGAUAAACAGUGUACCAUGUUUUAUAGCAUGUCCCAUACCAAACUUCAGAAAGUCUGUGAAGGAGUAAUGUGCAAAUGUGUCGAAGCUGACUGUGGACAAAUGCAGACAGAACUGGAUCUGACAAUCUCUGCAGCUACUAGAAAAGAAACAGCAUGUAAACCAGAGAUUGCAUAUGCUUAUAAAGUUAAGAUCAUAGCCAUCACUGAAGAAAAUGCUUUUGUCAAGUAUACCUCAACCCUCCUGGAUAUCUACAAAGCUGGAGAAGCUGCUGCUGAGAAAGACUCUGAAAUCACCUUCAUUAAAAAGACAACCUGUGUUAACGCUGACCUGGAAGAAGGAAAACAGUACUUAAUUAUGGGUAAAGAGGCCCUGCAGAUAAAAUACAAUUUCCAUUUCAAGUACAUCUACCCGUUAGAUUCCUUGACCUGGAUUGAAUAUUGGCCCACAGACACCGGGUGUCCAUCUUGCCAAGCAUUUUUAGCGAAUCUAGAUGAGUUUACUGAAGACAUCUUUUUAAAUGGCUGUGAAAACGCCUAAAGAAGGUCAGCUGCAUCCAGUUUUCACUAUAGACUCCUGUUGAAGUUUCUUCCUUUUUUUUUUUUUCGAGCGUUCACAGCUGGUCUUAUUUGGAGAGCUCACUCUACUUAGAAUUAGGGACACUUGCUUUUAUUAGAGAACGAUUUUAAGAGCAGUAACUCUCUGAAAUAACAUGUCCUUGGGGGGCAUGGAGACAGACACUCAUUCCAAGGUUAUUGGACACCAGAAGCAAUAAAUUGGAACCCUCCUAAAACCUACCACUCAGGAAUGUUUGCUGGGGAUGAAAGAAUAGCCCCAUUGAAAUGUAGUAUCUUACAAAAACAUGGCCUUUGCUUGAAAGAAAAUACCAAGGAA